AUGUAUCGCCAAUCAACAACUCCGGCUCAAAUUAAAUCUCGACAGCUUUCUCAUCUUCAUUCUCAACUUGCACAACUUCAUGCUCAUCUCUCUGACUUGGAGAAUCAUUUUAGAGUUACGGCAAUUCAAGCAGAGGCAAUAAGAAGACUAGGAGGAUUACAAGGGUCUAUGUUUAUGGCAGCUACUAAAAUUUUUGGAGAGGAAAAUUUUGAAAAUACUGGUCAAAGCUAA